CCAAUAGGAAGGCGGGGCGUGGCCGCCAUACCCGGAUUGCAGGCGACGUGCGGGCACCGAGCGCAGCCCGGCCGGUCCCGCUGCACCGACCCGGUCCCGCUGGUUCCGACCCGGCCGUGGCUGCUAUGAGGGACCUCAACGCGGCCGGAACCGGGUUUGCACCCACGUCUGGCCAAGGCUCAGCUGCCUGAGGACUGAGGACACACUGCAGCCAACGGGGGGGGGGGCAAGGGCUGAAGGCAGCCCCUGGAAGUGCCUGGCAGUGAGGACGGAGCCAUGUGCCUGGGGGCCGCCUGCUGACCCCUCCAAACUCCUGACAACCCCCCAGCCCACAUCCCCAACAGGAGCCCUGCGGCCAAACAAAGCGUGGGGUGGGCCGGGGGGCUGCAUCGUCCCCUCCUGACCCACCUCGUGCCCCCCACGGCCUCGCGGAGCCCCCCAGUGCCUCUGCCGCCCUCCUGGGGGCCCGGCAGCCCCCUUACAGGGCUGCCUGCCCCAUCACCCUCGCCUUGGCCUCUCGCCCUGCUGGAGCGCGGCACCCUGCCGGGCGCUGCCCCCCACGCCCCCAGGGCAUCCCCCCUCACCCCAGCGGGGCCCUGCCGCCCGCCGGCAGAGCCAUGAAGCUGCAGGCAGUGAUGGAGAACCUGCAGCGACAGCAGCGUGCCCGGCUGCAGCAGGCUCUGGAAGCACGGCAGCAGGAGCAGCAGCAGCAGCAGCAGCAGCAGCAACGCUCCACACCCCCCCCAGCACAGCCCUCGCCGGCCACAGGACAGACCCCUGCCCGGGGACGAGGCUCUGAUUUACCCCCAGCCCCUAUGGAGGAAGGCACGGAGCCUGAGAGCGCACACAUCCAGCGGGCACAGAUGGCUGCCCUGGCUGCAAUGAGGGCCGCAGCCGCCGGCCUCAGCCACUCGUCCAGCCCAGGGCUGUCGGAGGAGAGCCAGGAGGAGGAGGAGGAGGAGCAUGGUGAGGAGGAGGAAGAGGAAGAGGAUGGUGGCGGCUACCAGCAGGAGAUGGGCUCCGAGGAGGAGGAAGACCUGAAGGGCAAAUGGGAUGAAGAAGAAUUUGAAGAGGACCUGGGCGAGGAGGAGGAGGAAGAAGAGGAGGAAGAGGAGGAAGAAGAAGAAGAGGAAGACUACGAGGAGGAGGAAGACAUGGGCGAGGAGGGGCUGGGCUCGGCAGAGACGGUGCGGACGGGCACGGGGUCCCUGCUGCUCCGAAAGCCUCCGGCCCCGCAGCACUGCAGGGGUGAAGCACAGAGGCUGCAGGGUGCACAGGAGAGACUCCCAGCUGGACUGGGCCCCCAGGGCCACUCACAGCUCCCACAACCUGCACCCGACCACGGAGAUUGGACCUAUGAGGAGCAGUUCAAGCAGCUCUAUGAGUUGGAUGGUGACCCACGGAGGAAGGAGUUCCUGGACGACCUCUUCAGCUUCAUGCAGAAGCGAGGGACCCCUGUGAACCGGAUCCCCAUCAUGGCCAAGCAGGUGCUGGACCUCUACAUGCUCUACAUGCUGGUGACGGAGAAGGGCGGCCUGGUGGAGGUCAUCAACAAGAAGAUCUGGCGAGAGAUCACCAAAGGCCUCAACCUGCCCACCUCCAUCACCAGUGCGGCCUUCACGCUCCGCACCCAGUACAUGAAGUACCUGUAUCCCUAUGAAUGUGAGAAGAGGGGCCUGAGCAACCCCAACGAGCUGCAGGCGGCCAUUGACAGCAACAGGAGAGAGGGUCGCCGGCAGGGAUUUGGCAGCUCGCUCUUCACCUACUCACCUGGUGGCACCCAUGGGCUCCUCUCCUCACCCAAGCUCCCAGUGCCAGCCCUGGGUUUGGCUUCAGCCACCAAUGGAGGUGCCAUCGCUCCCGUCCAGAAGAUUAAGAAAGAGGAGGACGCACCCAUCCCCAUCUCCAUGCCCAGCCGGCUGCCGGUGUCGCUGGCUGGACACCCAGUGGUGGCAGCUCAGGCUGCAGCCGUGCAAGUGGCAGCAGCAGCCCAGGCUGUAGCACUGGAGCAGCUACGAGAGAAGCUGGAAUCAGGGGAACCUCCAGAGAAGAAGAUGGCAUUGGUGACAGACGAGCAGCAGCGGCUGAUGCAGCGUGCUCUGCAGCAGAACCUCCUGGCCAUGACAGCACAGCUGCCCAUGAGCAUCCGCAUCAACAGCCAGGGCACACGUUCACCAGAGAACCGCCAGGACACCUCCAGCAGCACAGCCAACAACGGCACCAACAGCAUCAGCAUGUCGGUUGAGAUCAACGGUAUCGUCUAUACAGGUGUGCUGUUCGCCCAGACGCCCGGCCCUUCCUCCUCCUCCUCCUCAUCCUCCUCCUCCUACAGCAAAGGCAAUGGCAGCAGCAGCCGCGCCGGUGGCAAUGGCACCAACAGCAGUGGGACGGGGGGCAGUGGGAGCAGCAUGAGCAACGUCCCCCCUGCUGCUCCACCCACUGUGCCUGUGCCCCCCCCCAGCUCUACCUCCAACAACGCUUCGCCUUAACACCCCACCUCACCAAAACCACCCGAGGUGCCGGGGGGGGCUGCAGGUGGGCCGGGGUGGUGAUGGGGGGUGGGAUAAGGGGGGGAAUGGGAGGGUGGGAGGGGGGGGUUUCUCAGCCUCAAGGCUUUCCUUCAGGGCCACCCAGUGCCCCCCUAUCCCCGACCUGUUUACCUCACACACAUCACACUUUGCACUGUACAUUUAUUAUUAUUAUUAUUAUUAGUUUUGAACUCGUGUUACCUCCAAGACAGACGUACGGACGCCUGCCAACGCGAGCUUUAAUGAAACCUCCUGGCACUCGUGAAAAGGAAUAAGCGUAACAAAAAAAGAGAUAAAACAACCCAAAAAGUUGGAAAUCGGGAGAUAUUUUAUUCAUUAGAUCCUUUUUCUCCCCCCCCCCCCUUUCUAUUUUGAGAACUACACUUACUAUAUGGGAUUUUCGAGGUUGUCGUUGGAUUGUUUUUGUUGUAAAUAGCUUCUAUUUUAUUCUCUAAAAAAAAAGAA